CCCAUUCCAUUGGGAUCCAGGAGCUGCCGCUGCCGUGUGGGGACAUCGGGGACAGCGACGCCUGCUCCUGCCUCAGGUUAUGGCUGAGGGGUGCCCCAGCGCUGCCCCCCCUUGUCCCCUCCCCACGGAGGUGACGGCCACCCCCAUGGAUGUCCCUAUGGAUGUCCCCAUUGUCACCGUCACCCCCUGGACCAGCGGCAUCACCAUCACUGUCACCGCGGCACCACCGGAUGAGGAUGAUUGGGACAAUGGGGACAUCGGGGACAAUGAGAACGUGGUGACCCCACAGAACACUGGGGACAAUGGGGACGUGGUGACCCCAAAGGACAUUCGGGACAUUGGGGAUGGGGUGACCCCAAAGGACAUUGGGGACAAUGAGGACGUGGUGACCCCAAAGGACGUUGGGGACAAUGGGGACGUGGUAACUCCAAAGGACGUUGGGGACAAUGGGGAUGUGGUGACCCUAAAGGACACUGGGGGCAAUGAGGAUGUGGUGACCCCAAAGGACAUUGGGGACACUGGGGAUGUGGUGACCCCAAAGGGAAUUGGGGACAAUGGGGAUGUGGUGACCCCAAAGGGUAUUGGGGACAAUGGGGAUGGGGUGACCCCAAAGGACGUUGGGGACAAUGAGGAUGGGGUGACCCCAAAGGACAUUGGGAACAUUGGGGAUGGGGUGACCCCAGAGGGUAUUGGGGACAAUGGAGAUGUGGUGACCCCAGAGAACAUUGGGGACAAUGGGGAUGUGGUGUCCCCAAAGGACGCUGGGGACAAUGGGGAUGUGGUGACCCCAAAAGACACUGGGGACAAUGGGGAUGUGGUGGCCCCAAAGGAUAUUGGGGACAAUGAGGAUGUGGUGACCCCAAAGGACACUGGGGACAGGGAUGGUCUGGACCUUAUGGACAAGGACACUGGGGACAAUGGGGAUGUGGUGGCCCCAAAGGACACUGGGGACAAUGGAGAUGUGAUGGCCCCAAAGGACAUUGGGGACGUUGGGGACAAUGGAGAUGUGAUGGCCCCAAAGGACAUUGAGGACAACGGGGACAUUUGGGAUAAUGGGGACAUG